ACUCUAUUUCGAUUAACAAGUUAGUCACGAGAAGAGCCCUGAAAGGAAUGCGGAUCUCAUUGGUCAGCUUUCAUUUUUUCUCAUCUCAUUCCGAUACUAAUUUGAUAUUGGUCAAUAUGUUACAUUUAACCAAUCAAAACCAUAAACAAAAUUUCUAGUAAGAGACCCCUUCUUGCCUCUGUGACAUUCUGCGUCUCUUUCCGCGAAUAACGCUUUUAUCUACAUAGUACAGAUUUAAGUUAACUAGUACACGCUUUCUGUGUAUAUUACAAAAACACGUUUUAAUUUUGCAUGUAAAACCAUUUUUGUCAAAAAAAUGUGUGCUAAAAAUGUAUAAGUGAAAAAGGAAACGCUACAGUCAAUGAUGACUAAAUAUAAUUUUUGUUAUGUUUAAAUAAAAUAAGAUACUAUUUAGAAAUUUUUAACCUAUAUUAAAUGAUAUAAUUGAUACAGUUUAAAAGCUUCUAAAAUGAAUACAAAAAUGGGAAAGAAAGACAUUGUGCAAGCUGUAAUUCUUACAGACGAUUUUGUGACAAAUUUAACACCUAUGCAAGAUAUAUUUCCAAGUGUCUUAAUGCCAAUUAUAAAUGUACCACUUUUAGAUUAUUUAAUGGAAACUCUCAUUAAAUCGGGAGUGCAAGAAUUAUUUCUUUAUUGUAGCAGUCAUGUAGACUUAGUAAAAGCCUACAUAAAUGAGAAAAAGUGGUCAAGAAUAUCAGUUUCACUAAUAAUAUCAGAAGGCUGCAGAUCAUUAGGAGAUGCUCUCAGAGAUAUUGAUACAAAGGGUUCGAUACGUGGUAAUUUUAUACUCAUACGAGGAGAUACCUUUAUUAAUGCAGACCUUAUGAAUGCUUUAAACAUUCAUCGUUCUAGACUUGAAAAAGAUAAAGGUGCAACGAUUACUAUGCUGAUGAGAAACUUUGGUUCGACAAAUGAUUCCUUAUUAAAAAAGGAAACAUCUUUAUUAGUUUCUGAUAAAACUAGUAAAAAAGUUUUGCAUUAUAGUAAACUAAAAACUGAUGAGAAGAAGGUGAAAUUAGAAUUAAAUUGGUUUCUAGAUCAUAGUGAAAUUGAGAUUAAUACUUGCUAUAUGGAUACUCAUGUUUAUUUAUGUUCACCUUCUGUCCUUCCAUUGUUCUCCGAUAAUUUUGACUUUCAAACAAUGGAGGAUUUUAUCCGAGGAGUGCUGAUGAAUGAAGAAAUUUUAAAUUCUCGAAUUUAUUGGCAACAAUUAAAUCCUGAAGAUUAUAGUUUGCCAAUUGUGUCGUGGAACGCAUAUCAGAUUCUAAAUCGUGAUAUUCUAAACAGACACAGUUUUCCUCUUACACUGAAUUCCAUUCCAUUUUUAAAAAAUUUUAUUCGUAUGCCAAGAAGUACUUACAAACAUAGAACUGCUUCACUCGCUAAAGGAUGUGCAUUAGAAGAAGACAGCGUACUUUGUCAAAACAGUACACUUGGAAAUGAUACUUCUGUUACAAGAUCUGUUAUUAGUAAUGAUUGUUUAGUAGGCUGUAAUGUAAAAAUUAAAAAUUCAUAUAUAUUAUCAAGUACUAAAAUUGAAGACAAUUCUACUAUUAUAAACAGUAUAGUAUUUCCAAAUUGUGUUAUUAAACAGGCUACACAAUUAAAUGGAUGUAUAUUAUGUCCUAAAACAAAUAUUGAUGCACAAAUAGAAUACACUGAUUCUAUUUUAGAAUCGAAAGAUAAUAAAGUUAUUACUAGGUGUAUGUCAGAAAUCAAUGCGGACAAUGAUUUUGAGUUUUUUAAUGAUUAUCACACAGUAGAAUGUGAUGAUUAUUCAACAGAUAUAACAAGUAGUGAUGAAGGUUCAGAAUGUAUUUCACCAAUUCCAGAUGAUACGCAUAUGUUCUUGUCUGAAGUUAUUGACAGUUUAUUAAGAGGUUUUCAAGAUAAGCUUAAUUGCGAAAACUUAAUUUUAGAAAUAAACUCAUCAAGAUAUGCGUAUAAUGUUAGCAUGAGCGAAGUGACAUAUAAUGUCAUUAAAGCUAUACUAAAUUUACCAUUUCUUUAUCUCUCAGAAAAGAAAGAAACUGUAAAUAAUCAGAAUUAUAAAAAAUGUUUGAAAAUUAUGGUAACUUAUUUUCAUCCAAUUAUUUUAAAUUAUGUUAAAACAGAAGAUGCUCAAGAUGAUUGUUUACGUGCGAUAGAAGAAAUCGCUACUACAACUGAAAAAUUAUUACCAUUUUUACAACAUUUGUUACAUCUUUUUUAUGAUAAAGAUGUAUUGUCAGAAGAAAAAAUUUUGGAAUGGUAUAGAUCCACUGAUAAAAAUAUAGAUGAGUUUCAAAACAAUAAAAUCAGAACUGCAAUACAACCAUUUAUUCAAUGGCUGCAAGAAGCUGAAGAAGAUUCUAGUGUAAGUGGAGAUGAUGAAUAAAUAAAUACAAAGUAAAACCUUAGAUACAAUAUGAUAUGUCAAGUACUUGUAUAAAAAAAUAGUUUUUAAUGGGUAUGACUUUAUUUAUAAUAAAUACAUUUUUAUUUGAAUUAUUGUAUUUUAUGAUAAAAUCCUGUAGAAAAUAAUACAAAAGAAUUAAAUUUUAAGUUAUACCAAUUAGAUACCAAAUGUGUUAUUACUAUACUCCA